AUGGAGGAAGAGAAGAUAUCAGAUUACAAUAGAGGAAUAAUUGGGGCUGGGGGUGGUGGAAAGAAAGAGAAAGUGGUAACUGAGAAUACGCUUUGUAUUUGUGAGCUGAUAUGCUUUUUUAUUAUCAGGUACUCGGUAGAACAAUUAUUUGAUGUUGUUGCAGUUGUUGACUUCUACCAUAGGAUUGUCCCCUGGUGUCGAAGGUUGGAAAUACUUAGGCACUAUCCAGAUGGAUCAUUUGAUGCUGAGUUGGUGAUUGGAUUUAAAUUCCUUGUUGAAAGUUAUAUUUCUCAUGUUGAAUUGGAGAGACCAAAGCAUAUAAAGACAACCGUUUCACUAGAUACACUGUUUGAUCAUUUGAUAAACAUAUGGAAAUCCAAUCAAGGCCCAGUUCCAGAGACUUGCAAUCUUUAUUUUUUGGUAGAUUUGAAGUUUCAGUCACCACUUCACAGUCAAAUUGCAUCUAUGUUCUUCAAGGAGGUAGCCUCUAAGAUGGUUGGUUCAGCAUUGUCCUUUGAUAUAUGGACCAGAAGUGCGGGUCCAUGAAAGGUCAUAUGGAAAAAGGGCAUAAUUUAAUUGGUUUGAACAUCAAUUUCUUGCCUCGAAUAGGGCUAAGGUCAAUUUACAGGUUCAGCUUUAAUCGGAAAGGUUUUUUAUUGUGUGCCGCCCAAUGCUGAAUGAAUACGAUUAAUCAUUUCUGUUUCUAAUACCGGUGAUAUUUGUAAUUUGUGUAGAUAAAUUCUACAAUACACUCUGUACAAUCUUAAAAAUGACCUGAAUUUAACAUGAAUUUUUCUUUUCCUGAAAAAAAGUGGCCUGGAAUGGAAAAAAGCUAUCGCAUAUCCCUUCUUGGUUUAUGUAAAUAGGACAUAUAUAUUUCUUCCUAAUGACAUACACACACAAGUUAUCGUAUUACUAGUAAUUAAAUAACAUCCACAGGCACUGUAGACCAGUAGGCCUGAACUAUUAUUUAAAUCUAUAUGCAGUGAAAGGUUUUGGUCAAAUAUAAACAAACGAGACGUACAAGGUUAACAAGAAAAAAAAAUAUUUAUUGAAACCCCCUGAAGGGUCUAUGAGAAAUUGAGAAUCACUGACUAAGCAAGUGUUCCAAUUAAGUGAAAUAUAAUCACAUGGCUAAAAUAUUUUGUGGUCUACAAAAUUAUGUUUAAAGAACUUGUGUCAUGUAGAACUAAUUUUGCAUGAGUGAU